AUGGUUGUGAACCCAAAGGAGCAAGAUAAGGCCAUUACUUUGAGAUCGAGGAGAGUUUAUGAAGGAUCGGUUAUGAGUGAAGGGGAUCCACAAAAGAGAGAUGAGGGAGUUGUGGUGAGAGGUGAGGAUGAUUUUGAAAAUGAAAUAGUUGAUGUUGAGAAAAAAGAGAAACAAAAAAGAGAUAAGGGAGCCAUAAAGAAAAAUGAGGGAGAUGAGGAAAGAAUUGAAAAUCCCCCCAUGAAAGUAUACAGGCCUCCCAUUCCAUUUCCUCAUAGGAUUGUAGAAAAGAAGUUGAAUGAGAAGUUUUCGAAAUUUCUUGAAGUCAUGAGAGGACUUCGAUUGAAUAUCCCCUUUCUUCAUGCUAUGUCACAAAUGCCUACCUAUGCAAAAAUUUUGAAGGAUCUUCUAUCCAACAAGAGUAGGCUUGAGGAGAGUGCAACCAUCUCCCUUCCUAAUGCGCUUGGUAACCCCAAUAGCUAUGCAAUACCGGUGAAUAUUGGAGAUUUGGAAGCUAUGGAUGCUUUGUGUGAUCUUGGGGCAAGUGUGAGAUUGAUGCCCUAUUCUAUUCAGAAGAGUUUGAAAGUUGGAGACUUGAAGUCAACAAGAAUGUCCUUACUAUUGGUCGACCGCACGGUUAGGCUACCUUUAAGAAUUCUUGAAGAUGUAUCAGUUCGAGUUGGGAGAGUAUUUGUGCCUUGUGAUUUCAUGGUGAUGGAAAUGGAUGAAGACACAAGGGUACCCCUUAUUUUGGGGAGACCAUUUUGA